GCCAACGUUGGUAUGGUAUGCUACUGUACUCUUUGCGGGUGAUGACUGGCGUUUGAGUGUAAUGUGUAGUGAUUUUGUUUAUCUUUUGUUGUGAGUUAGUAAAUAAACUAUAGCAUAAUGCCUGACGACGUAACAAUGACGGAAGGCACGAAGGAGGAGCAAGAAAAGAAACCCGAAGAAGAAACAGCCGAACUGUCUGAAGAAGACAAACAAUUGCAGGAAGAACUUAACUUGCUGGUAGAAAAACUGUUGGACAAUGAUGAAACUCAGUACUUGCCCGCUCUAGAGAGCUUGAGGAGCCAGAUUCAAGCAUCAACCACAUCAAUGACCAGUGUUCCAAAACCUCUGAAAUUUAUGAGGCAACAUUUUGAAGCAAUGAAGACUGUAUAUGAUAAAAUUAAAGACCAGAAGACAAAAGAAUUUUGUGCUGAUGUGAUAUCAGUGCUAGCAAUGACAGUCACUGGAGAUAAGACUGAAUGUCUUAAGUAUAGGCUACUUGGAUCUGUUUGUGAAAUUGGUGAUUGGGGUCACGAAUAUGUAAGGCAUUUAGCGGGUGAGAUUGCAAAGGAAUGGUCAGAUGUGAAUAGUGAAGAUACAGGAUUGAAGCAGAAGUUAAUUGGAUUAGCUCAUCAAAUAGUUCGGUAUCAUAUGGCUCACAAUGCUGAAGCAGAGGCAUGUGAUCUUCUGAUGGAGAUUGAACAGCUUGAUAUGUUGGAACAAUAUGUUGAUGAAAGUGCAUAUCCUCGUGUUUGUCUAUAUCUUAGCAGCUGUGUGCCAUAUGUAGCUGAUCCAGAGAAUACUACAUUGUUACAAGCAACUCUUAAACUUUUUCGCCGUUUCAAUCAAUACCCACAAGCCUUGCGAGUUGCGAUGCAACUAAAUGACCAUAAUUUAAUAGAAAAAAUAUUCACGUCUUGUCCUGAUCUGUCUGUCCAGAAACAGCUGGCAUUUAUGUUGGGAAGGCAGCAGGUGUAUUUAGAAUUGAAUGAAAAUAUGCCAGAGUAUGACGACUUAGUGGAAAUAAUGUCCAAUUCACACUUAAACAAUCAUUUCUUGAGCUUAGCAAGAGAGCUUGAUAUCAUGGAACCGAAAACUCCAGAAGAUGUUUAUAAAUCUCAUCUUGAAAACAACCGACCACCAUUUGGAGGGGGCCAGGUGGACUCGGCCCGACAGAAUUUAGGUGCAAGUUUUGUUAAUGGAUUUGUUAAUGCAGCCUUUGGUCGUGAUAAGUUACUUAUGGAAGAUGGAAAUAAGUGGCUGUAUAAAAACAAAGAACAUGGUAUGUUGAGUGCCACAGCCUCUCUUGGAUUGGUACUUCUGUGGGAUGUAGAUGGAGGAUUGACACCAAUAGACAAAUACCUUUAUUCUUCUGAGGAUUACAUCAAGUCUGGUGCAUUGUUGGCUUGUGGUAUUGUUAACUGUGGAGUCAGAAAUGAGUGUGAUCCAGCUCUAGCACUUCUCUCUGAUUAUGUGCUUCAUAGUAGCAAUGUCAUGCGGAUAGGAGCAAUUUUAGGGCUUGGGUUGGCAUAUGCUGGUUCCAAUAGGGAGGCAGUUUUAACUCUUCUGUAUCCUGUGUUCAGUGAUCCAAGAUCGAGCCUUGAGGUUCUUGCCAUGGCAGCUUUAGCUUGUGGAUUGAUAUCUGUGGGCUCGUGUAAUGCUGAAGUUACUGAGACACUUAUGCAGCUAAUAAUGGAAAGACCUGAGGCAGAACUUACUGAAAGCUAUGCCAAAUUUCUUCCUCUCGGGUUAGGACUUUGUCAUUUAGGACGCCAGGACUCAAUCGAGGCAAUAGUUGCAGCACUAGAAAUUAUUCCAGAGCCUUUUAAAUCAAUGGCAGAUACAAUGAUUGAAGUAUGUGCAUAUGCUGGUACGGGAAAUGUACUGAAAAUUCAGAAGUUAUUGCACAUUUGCAGUGAGCAUUAUGAAACUCCAGAGAAGGAGGACAAGAAGGAAGAUAAGAAAGAUAAAGACAAGGAAAAGGAUAAGGACAAAGACAAGGACAAAGAUAAGGACAAGGAGAAAGAAAAAGAAAAGGAUAAAAAAGAUGACAAGAAAGAUGAAGUAGAUCUUUCACCUAGACAAGCAGUUGCUGUUCUAGGUAUCGCUUUAAUUGCCAUGGGUGAAGAAAUUGGUGCUGAGAUGGCUUUCAGAACUUUUGGUCACUUGCUGAGGUACUGUGAACCUGUGAUCAGAAGAGCAGUUCCUUUGGCACUAGGACUCAUCUCUGUGUCAAAUCCAAAAUUGAAUAUUCUUGAUACAUUGAGUAAAUUCUCACAUGAUAGUGAUGCUGAAGUUGCUCACAAUUCAAUUUUUGCAAUGGGUCUCGUAGGUGCAGGCACGAAUAAUGCCAGGCUUAGCGCAAUGUUGCGUCAAUUGGCCCAAUUCCAUGGGAAGGAUCCCAAUAAUCUCUUCAUGGUCCGCAUAGCGCAGGGCUUGACUCAUCUUGGUAAGGGCACAUUAACCCUCAGUCCAUACCACAGUGAUCGUCAGUUGUUAAGCCCAGUAGCACUUGCCGGAUUGCUUGCUACUCUAGUUGGAUUCCUUGAUGUCAAAAACAUAAUCCUUGGACGAUCUCACUAUGUGCUGUUUACAUUAGCAGCAGCAAUGCAGCCAAGGAUGCUUGUUACAUUUGAUGAAGAGCUGAAUCCACUGCCUGUUGCUGUUAGAGUUGGUCUGGCUGUGGAUGUUGUGGGUCAAGCAGGGAAACCGAAGACUAUUACUGGGUUUCAGACACAUACGACGCCAGUUCUGUUAGCGUAUGGUGAACGAGCAGAAUUGGCAACAGAAGAGUACAUACCUCUGACACCAAUUAUGGAGGGUUUCGUGAUUCUUAGGAAGAAUCCAGACUUCCGUUCAUAAAUGGAUUGUGUGAAGAUGAUUAUUUGGAAUUUUGGUUUCAUGGAGAAAAAGCAUUUUGAUAUGUAGUGUCUCUCCAUGUGCCAUGCCAAAGAUUUUUAGUAUCUUGAGAUAUGUGACAUUUGUGUCUCAUAAGGAGCAAGGCACAAUGUGAGUUUCAUAACUACAGUGAACAUGAUAUGGAAAGGAUUCUGUUGCUAAAUUUGAAGAUGCAGAUGAGUUGAGAUAUGUUGCUCAUUUGAACCUCUUGGUUAAGGGUCACACUGUUGUGAAGAAGAGUAAAGUGUUAUCUGUAGAGCUGCUAAAAGUAUUUGGCAUGAGUUGCUUGUGUGAGUGGUUAAAAGCCUCUACUGUUGUAAAGAAGACAAAUUUUAUCUGUAGAUUUGCUUAAAGUAACUGGUGUGACUUGCUUGUGUGAGAGUAAUGGAAAUAAAUAUAAGUGUUUUGUACAUUAAUUUAUAACUUCUUGCAAGUAAAUGAGAUGCUUGUAAUAAUAAAACUGAUUCUUGUAAAAUA